UCGACGGGCUCAGUUGUGAUGGGAAUGUGCUAGUGGGCAGCGGUAGUGUCGAUAGCGUUGAACAGGCGGGCAAGGUAACGGGUUCGCUACGGUUAACGACGCGUCUUGGGAGCACAAAUAAACACAAACAAAAUGUGACGCUAGUAGCAGUGUUUGAAAUGAAGCUUGCGAUCGCCUCAAUUGUGAAUGAUGUGUCAACUUUUUGGAACUUUUAGUCACGCGAUGCUAGACUUGGCACCCAACAGCCACCUACCAAACGAGCCGGGGAUAGCAACGAAAACGGCGCAAAAGGGUAGCUUAUUUUGGCGCUCUUUUCGCAUAGGAAUGAUAAUCGAAGUGUGUGGUUCGAUGUAGUUUGCGGCGGCGAGGGAAGAAUAAUUGGAUCGCUUCCCCGCCCGCCCGAGUGGGUUACGUCAAUGAGUGAUGCUAUCGACGAGUGGUGCGCGCGGAUGAUGCUGACGAGUGGUGUAACGCAUUUGCCAGAUUCGGGCUAUAAAACCCGCCCGGUACGUGGGCGAAGCGAACGAAUUGUGUGCGAGUCCUUGCUGGAAGAGGGUGGUGUGUGCCAAUUUCGUCGUCGAGAAGACCGAAAACAACCAAAAAGGGUGCGUUCGAAGUGUUGUUUGGAGAGCGAUUUUCAAGAGUGAUGAUUGGAGAGCCCUACAGCUAAAGCUCUCGUGCAGCGGAAUUUGCGUGGAUUUGAAGGUUCAACAACAACCAAAUGUAUACAUUCCCUUUAGAGCAACGAAAAAUAAACCAGAAAGUUAUGUUGCAAUUGUACUUGAUACGUAGUGCAGUUUUGGUUUUUUUUUCAUAGACUUUUUUGUACUCCAGCAGUUUAAUACUUAUUCUGCUCUGCAGUUUCCAUCGAUUGCUCAAACCGUUCGGCGGUCGAUAAAUGUUGCACAAGUCUGCACACAAGUCUCCGGUGCCGGCGUUAGUUGUGUGCCGUUCAAUAAACUACCGAAUACCGAAUUGAUCGAGAAAUCAGCGGCUAAUAGAGUGGCGUGGAAUGGAGCGCCAUUGCCAAGUCUUUGGAUGUACGGCGAUAUACCCACCAGGAAGCCGUGUGGACGUGUAUUGAAAUUCGUGUUUGCAUUUCCCAAAUAUUUGCACGUGAUUUUGCAUCGCAUAUCCUUUCGCUGUGAUUCUCCUCCCUGUGCAAGUGUGUGUGUGUUCGUGAAUAUGUGUUUGUGUUGCGGAUUGAAGUGGAAAUUUAGACGAAUAAACUCGGCUAGUUUGUGCGCGGUGUUAAAUAUUCGGGCCAAAAGCAAUAGUUUUGCAUCAAAUUGCAAAUUAAUAAUGAGGUUGGGUAGUAAAGCGCAACGCAAGACAAAGUGAAUGAUAUUUAUCUAUGCAAAAGCAUAACGCAGGAUCGUUGUUUGGCAUCCUUUAAAGGGGCUUCCAUUAUUUGUUACCCUGCAGUGUGUUAAAUUCUGCAAAUGAUGAUGUUAACACUAUCACAGGAAUUGAUUCGAGUGGGUCGAGAUGCGAUUGAGUUAUAAUGGCGCAGUUGGGAUAACAAAGAAGCCCAACGAUUCUCAUUACGACCAUGACUGGAAGUACCAAACUCAUCAACAUAUUCCCGGCGAGCUUUCGGGAACUCAUAGGGGACCUAUUUUAUACUUUUCACCUCCACAAAUCAACCUGUCUCUCUCUCUCUCUCUCUCUCUCUCUCUCUCUCUCUUGCUCUGUCUUUCUCACUAAACAAACACACAUUCCUGGCUCGGAUGGCGCACGGGAUUGGGAACGGUUACAAAGUGUGCUUUAUGGAAAUUUGGAAUAUUAAUAUUUCACCUGCUGGGACACGAUGAGCGGUUACGCAACGCUACGGAAACAACCAUUCUGUUGUCCGUUUCGUCCGGAUUAAUCUCCCACGAUGCAAGUGUCAUCCGUAACGACGCAAAUGGCUUCCGCGAAGCUGACAGCUCGCCCGUCGGCGGCAGAGCGGCCGACAACAGCAGGCCAGAACGGGCACGAGGCCGGCGUGAACGGUGCACCCGCCGGCGCCCCAACAGCCGCAACGACCGAGCCGGAAAUCGUCGAUCCGUUUUGCAAUGCGGACAAUCCGCAGAUAAUCACCUUCCAGGACGUAACGUCCGCGGCGUUCAAAAUCAGAAAAGGUGUCGAGCUGACGCCGUGCGUGAAAUCACACUUCUCCGACCUGAUCGACAUGGACAUCUACCUGAAGAAGGAAUUUCUGCAGUUUACUGGCAGCUUCAAGGAGCGUGGAGCGCGCUACGCGUUGCUAAUGCUGUCGGACGAGCAGAAAAAAACGGGCGUCAUCUCGGCCUCCCUCGGGAAUCAUGCGCAGGGUCUGUCCUAUCACGGCUGGAAGCUCGGCAUCCCGGUGACGGUCGUGAUGCCGCUGAAGGCUUCGCUGAUGAAAAUCCAAAAAUGCCGUAACUAUCACGCUAAUGUCGUCGUACAGGGAGCGGACAUGGGCGAGGCUAAAAGGAUUGCACUGAAAAUGGCACACGACCGGGGACUCACGUACAUUAACGGGUACGACCAUCCGCACAUCAUGUCCGGUCAGGGCACGAUCGGGCUGGAGAUCGUGGAGCAGGUCAGCGACAUCGACGCCGUCGUGGUGCCGGUCGGUGGCGGCGGACUGAUUGCCGGUGUUGCAACUGCCAUCAAAAAUCUCAGCCCAAAUACCAAAAUCAUCGGUGUCGAGUCGGAGAAGUGUCCCAGCUUCACGCGAGCGCUCGAGAACAAGAGCCCAGUGUUUGUCGCGAACCAGGAAACGCUGGCGGACGGGUUGGCAGUGCCGCAGGUAGGAUACAACGCGUACGCCACGACCGUGCCGCUGCUGGACAAAAUGAUCGUCGUGAAGGAGGAGUGGAUUGCGCUGGCGAUUCUGCGACUGGUCGAGCUGGAAAAGUGUGUGGUGGAGGGAGCGGGUGCCGCCGGCCUGGCAGCCAUUUUGGCCGGCCAUCUGGAUGAAUUCAUUGGAAAACGAGUGGUGCUGCUAAUUUGCGGAGGCAAUAUCGAUACGACCAUGUUCGGCAAAUGUCUCGAGCGUGGCAUGGCUGCCGAGGGCCGUUUGCAGAGAUUCACCGUCACCGUCAGCGAUGGACCGGGCGGUGUAGCUAAGCUGUGCAAUCUGCUCGCCAGCCUGGGCGUUUCCAUCAAGGACAUAAUGCACGAACGUGCCUUCAUUCGUGAUAUUCACCAUGUAGAGGUGAAAGUGAUUUGUGAAACACGUGACUGGGAACAUUCAAAGGAAAUGCGCAGGGUGCUGCAGGAAAAGUAUAGCAAAGUUCACUUCUAUGACAUGCCAAUGGCGAUCACCGAAUAGAAAUGGAGCGGUCCACCGUUGUCAUCGUACCGCAUUCCAUUCCAGACGAUAAGCUGCAAAUUUUCCCUCUCAACGAACGCGACUUCCGGUAGUAUCCUGGUAUCCUUCAUCACUUCCAUCGCGCUGCAUGUGAACCUUACACUUGUGUGUUUUUGCACACUGUUUCCGAUAGUUUCAAUAAAUUGACCCUGCCUUAUACCGGCAAAAUUGA